GGAUAUCCUUGGACAACGCGAAUCCUCUACCUGACUUGUAAACUUGUUGCAUUUGCUCCAGAACACCUCCAAGAGCGCAUUUUGGAUACUUAUUUGCGCGUAACGGCGGAACAGCGAUACAAAGUGGACUAGUACUGAUGAACUGUGCGUAAAAAGCUGCACUUUUGCAUUAAAAUCCAUGUAUGAGGAGAUGUCCUUUCUGCGCGUGGCGGAUCUGUGAGCGCAAAAUCUGCUUCAGUCGCACCGGUUCGCGCACAUUGGGUCAGGAUGGCAGCCGGAGUCGCCGCGUGGCUACCGUUCGCGCGCGCCGCAGCUAUAGGAUGGAUGCCCGUGGCGAGCGCCCCGAUGCCGCCGCCUCCGCGGGACAAGAAGCGAGGUCAGGACGGGUUGAUCAUCUUGAACGUCAGCGGCACUAGGUUUCAAACUUGGCGGAAUACUUUGGAGAGGUACCCAGACACCUUACUGGGGAGCACAGAGCGCGACUUCUUCUUCCACGAGGAGACCAACGAGUACUUUUUUGACCGCGACCCCGACAUCUUCAGGCACAUUCUCAACUUCUACCGCACCGGAAAGCUGCACUACCCUCGCCACGAGUGCAUCUCCGCCUAUGACGAGGAGCUGGCCUUCUUCGGCAUCAUUCCAGAGAUAAUAGGGGACUGCUGUUAUGAGGAAUACAAAGAUCGCAGGAGGGAGAACGCGGAGAGAAUUCAAGACGAUGAGGAGAACGACAACAACAACGACUUGGUCAUGCCGGAUUUGUCGUUCCGCGAGUCCAUGUGGCGCGCGUUUGAGAACCCGCACACGAGCACCAUGGCGCUGGUCUUCUAUUACGUUACGGGCUUUUUCAUCGCCGUCUCCGUUAUGGCCAACGUGGUGGAGACGGUCCCGUGCGGCAGCUCGCUAAACCGCGCGAAGGAGCUCUCGUGCGGGGAGCGCUACGCCCUCGCGUUCUUCUGUUUGGAUACGGCCUGCGUCAUGAUCUUCACCGUCGAGUACCUGCUGCGUCUGAUCGCCGCGCCCAGCAGGUACAAGUUCGUCAAAAGCGUCAUGAGCAUUAUCGACGUGGUGGCCAUCAUGCCUUACUACAUCGGCCUGGUCAUGACGGACAACGAGGACGUGAGCGGGGCCUUUGUCACCCUCAGGGUCUUCAGGGUCUUUCGGAUUUUCAAAUUUUCGCGGCAUUCCGCAGGGCUGCGCAUCCUGGGCUACACGCUGAAGAGCUGCGCGUCCGAGCUGGGCUUCCUGCUCUUCUCGCUCACCAUGGCCAUCAUAAUCUUCGCCACCGUCAUGUUCUACGCAGAGAAAGGCUCCUCUGCCAGCAAGUUCACCAGCAUCCCGGCGGCUUUUUGGUACACCAUCGUCACCAUGACAACGCUGGGAUAUGGAGACAUGGUUCCUAAGACCAUCAUGGGGAAGAUCUUCGGCUCUAUUUGUUCUUUGAGCGGCGUGUUGGUGAUCGCUCUUCCCGUUCCUGUCAUCGUGUCCAACUUCAGCCGGAUCUACCAUCAAAGUCAGCGUGCAGAGAAGAGACGUGCCCAAAAGAAAACCAGGCUUGCUAGAAUUCGUGCGGCGAAGAGCGGCGGCGCUAGCGCUUAUUUGCAGUACAAACGCAAUGGGAUGCUGGUGGACAUGGAGGAGGAGGCAUCCAAAGAGGCGGGACAAGCUUUGGUAUGUAAGGCCAACCCCACCUUUGAGACCCAACAUCACCAUCUCCUGCACUGCUUGGAGAAAACCACGAAUCAUGAGUUUGUGGAUGAGCAAACCUAUGAGACGAGCUGUAUGGAGGUUUCUCUAGCGAAGCCAUCAAUGUCCCGUUCCUCUUCAAUGUCCUCCUCUCCUCAUGGCCUGUCGUCCUGCUGCACGCGCAGAAAUAAGCGCAAGAGCUUCAACGUCCCCAAUUCCAACAUGGCCGGCGGCCGCAGGGGCAGCAUACAGGAGCUCAGCACCAUCCAGAUCAGAGAGAGACCGCUGAGCAACAGCCGCUCCAGUCUCAAUGCCAAGUUUGAGGAGACGGUUCCGCUGAAUUCAGAAGAGCCGUCCUACAUCACUGCUGCGGUCAUCAGCAUGCCGACUCCACCGGUCACUACACCCGAGGGUGGAGACUUGGCCAGCUCACACGACUUCUUGCAGAGCAACAUUGUCAGGGUGUCGGCGUUAUAGACCGUUCAUUAGCCGUUUGAUUAAAUGAGAGAACACUGAAUCGACGGAUCGCCCCCUAGUGUAGUGGAGGAGGCAUUGCAGCAGGAUGGGCCUUAGCUGGACCUGUUUUUUUUUUUUUGUUUUGUAUGUUUGUUUCUUUUUUGAAUCAGCUCCCAUCCAGAGCUCUCCGUCAGCUCCACCUCUAGAUAACGUGGGGUCCAAUAGGCUCAACCCAUAGAGAAAAACAAUGCCCAUUGUGGUUGUAUCAUUUUUUCAGUAUUGUGUGUCGCUGAAUUUGUCGUCUUCGAUUUUGAUGGGAUCGCGUGAUAUAUUUAAGGAGUGUACCAGCAGGGGCGGGAUUUUACAAGCUUUUAGACAGCUCCACACACACUUUUGAUACUACAAAGUAAAGCUGGGCUCUACUAGGGUGUGUUUGAAUGCGCGCGUGUGUGUAUACAAUGAUCUCUUGCAUGUUUUUUUGCGUAAGUCUUUGUCUUUUCGGCAUGAGCAAUAAGGAUUGGCUCUUUCUGUCAGAAUGCGUGUUUUAAUUGUCAAUAAUUUGCCUAGUUAUAUAUACAGUAUCGAUCUUUCGAAACUCAGCGAGUGUGUGGGGAAAAAAGAAGCUGUUUUGUUGCUUUCUGAGAGUUUGGCCUGUUCAUCUUCUCUCUCUGUCCCACCCAUGUUGUGUUCACUCCUUGCCUGGCCUGAUGGGAUGUUUGUUAUUCUUCUUUUUUUUUUGUGGAUGAGUACAAAGCUGAACAAACUUUUUUUUUUCUAAAUGUUUCAGCAUAUUUCUGACAAUGGAGGCUUGUGGACUUGAGCUCAAAUACUAGCCAUUCCGUUUUAUACUCCAAAGUUAGCGAGUUAACUGUGAAAAAGAAAAAAACAAUGUGCUUAUUUAUUAUCUUCGUUCAAAUUCUUGUGCAUGUUGUCGUGGACAUGGUGAAACAGGCCAGUGUGGACCAGAGCUGUUUUUACUUUGAAAGUUACGACUUUUUUUCUUCCACUCGUCGGCCUCCCUUUAAAGUGAUGUACUUUGUUUUCAACAGACAUCCUCACCAAGUGUUGCUAUUAUUUCUGGAUGAUGGCAUCUAGUUGUGUGCAAUGACACUUUGAGAAUCUUAAAAUCAGAUUCGUAGCACGGUUAUAUUAUUAUCGUGGUCUCCCAAAUUAAAAGCAUGAAUCUCACAAAGUCAUGUUCAGGUAUUUUCACUCCAAAAUCAAUAGAAAAGAAAUUAUAUUUUGCAUUAAAUGGCAACAAAGCACACCUUCCACACAUUCUAAUUUACUAAAUUGCUCCUGAUUUUCAUUACUGUAAUACAGUAUUUAUAAAAGCAGUACAACACACG